CCUCAUCAUCGCUGGUCAUCGUCUUCCACAGUGCGCUCGAACAAAGCGGGUUGAUCGACGGCAUUGACGUGGUGUUCGCCUGGCAUGUACCUGUUCAUCGUACUAUAUGCCUACAAGGUCGAAAACCAGCGGAUUCAAGGGCUGUAUCAUUGGGCGCUGCUCCCGCAUGCCACAGAGGAUCUGGACGCACGCUCCCUGAUCCCUGCGACGGUGUACCAGAUCACGAAUGAGGGAGAUGGGAAUUGGAAGACCGACCACAGACGCGUAAACGUCUUGAAUACGGACCGCAUGAUUGGCUUCGUUCGCCUCCCGGAGGUGAAGACGAUUACGGAGGAAACGAUGUCACAGUUCAUCUCCGAAUUGCCAGCUACGCAUGACAGGAAGUCGUACCCACGGGACGCUCAGCAUUGGUCUUGUGCUUGGUGGGCGAUUAGGGUCAUACGGUCGUUUAUCGACGCGGGCAUCAUGGACAACCCCUUCCCGUUCCGGAUCAGUGGCGACGAGUGGUUCGAGAAGUUCAAGCAGCGCGUGCAGGCCCGUGGGAUGACGCUUGAGGGUCGCAGCUUUCAGGUCAUGGCGCGUCUUGAUAGCGGGGGACGGGAUAUGUCGAGCGUCAUUGUGGAUCUCUAAACAUUAUAGCGUUGCCAUUAGUUCCGUAAUGGAGGUGUAUCUCGUCAGCCACAGGAUCGCGGACAAGCGUAGGGAUACAUACCAAGAUAGAUCUAGACUCGGGUGCUGGGUACCCAUGUCUCCUGCCACAGCUGUAAAUCGACGUCUGCUUCCUCCUGGAAGCGGGGUAUAAACUGAGAAAAGUAUGCAGACCAAGAAGAGUGAUCGGGACCCCAAGACGCCCAAUAUGCCUUGCAGUAUUCCCAGUGCGCGGGAUACCACCCUGCGUUUUCCCAGUCCAAGA